AUCUCCCACAAUUCAUGAACCCAAACCCCACAAACAAGGGAUUGAUUGUAUAUUUAUAUAUUUAUAGCUAUAUAUUUCCAAUUUCAAGCAAAUCUUUGAUGACACGUGUCCCUUCCACAUAGCUGCCGUCUUGGCUUGCCUAAAAGGUUGUCACUCCCUACCUACAAUUUGCCACGUAGUCAAACUCCCGUUAAACCAAUCGUCAACUCCGUGGACAGACUUCCCACCCAACCAAAUAACUACACCUUUUUAUUUCAACAACAUAACUACAAAACCUUUUUCCAUUUAAGAAUUUACUCAUUUACAACCACUAUAUAUAUAUAUAUAAACCACAAACCCCUCAAAUCAACCAACCAAACUCCACCCUCAAAAAAAUAUCUUCACACGACAAGUCUUUCUUCAAGAAAAUCGACAUGGGGUGGACUAGAGGUCCGGUUCUUGGCCGUGGCUCCUCCGCCACCGUCUCCGCCGCCACCUCCACCUCCGGUGAGGUUUUUGCAGUCAAGUCUAUGGAGUUGUCGCAAGCUCAAAGCUUGCGAAAGGAACAAUAUUUCUUGUCUACUUUGAGUAGUCCUUAUGUCGUGAGCUACAAAGGAUGUGAUGUUACUAAAGAAGAUAACAAGAUGAUGUACAAUCUUCUGAUGCAGUACAUGCCUUUUGGUUCCAUUGUCGACGGAAUAGAUGGAAGAAAUGGUGGCGGGUUGAAGAGUUCGGAGAUUUUAAGGUAUACGAGGGAGAUAGUUCGAGGAUUAGAGUACCUUCAUUCGAGAGGCGUAGUGCAUUGUGACAUUAAAGGCAGGAAUGUUUUGAUUGAUGAAAGUGGUGCGAAGAUUGGUGAUUUUGGUUGUGCGAAAUGGGUUGAUGAGGAGGCGCCGAUUUGUGGGACGCCGAUGUUUAUGGCGCCGGAGGUGGCGCGAGGUGAAGAACAGGGGUUUCCGGCGGAUGUAUGGGCGCUUGGAUGUACAAUGAUUGAAAUGGCCACCGGUGGUUCACCAUGGUCAAACGUUAGUGACGUGGCGUCGGUUCUUUACAGAAUUGCAUUCUCCGGGGAAAUCCCUGAAAUCCCAGAUGAAUUUUCCGAUCAAGCGAAGGAUUUCGUUAGAAAGUGUUUGAAUCGGGAUCCAAGAGAGAGGUGGACUGCGAAACAGCUUCUGAAACACCCGUAUCUCCAACAAUUUGACGACAAUUCAAAGCAAAUGAUAUGUGAAAAAAUCUAUACGGAUUCACCGACGAGUAUACUUGAUCAAGACGUGUGGAAUUCAAUGGAAGAACCGUCGUCGUCGUCGUCGGUGGGAUCUGAUUUUACUCCAUCCACGUGUUCGUCGAACUCUUUGAGGCAAAGAAUCAAACAGUUGGCGGACAAGUCGGAGAUACCAAAGUGGAGUUGUGAAAAGGAGGAAACCGAGUGGAUCACGAUCAGAAUCAAUGAAGAUGGUGACGGAAAAGCAAACAGAGGGGCGGUGACAGGUGCGGUAGGUAAUGAGAUGGAGGUGGGUUGCACCAUGAGUGGCGGUGAAUAUGAUGAGUUGUUCAUUAGUUGCGUAGAUACCCCAAAAAUUAGUUGUAGAAAAAUAGCUGUAAAAGCAAGUAUUGGGCUGGCAUUCAAUGCAUCCAAUGCGAAUUUACUUAGACAUAGUGGUUUACCUUCUGAUUUUAAUAUGAUGAUAGUGAAUUGAAAUUCAUUCGACUACAAGAUUUCUUCAAA